GCGGCCGUUCACGGGCCGCGUAGUGGGGUAGCGGGCCGCUGCGAGAGGGUGUCGCGCGAGGCAGGUCAGGGCUGGGCUCAGUCAGUGUGUUCGCGCGUGCAGUGUGCGGCUUUAUCGUUGCGCGUCCUCUUUCUCCUCUUUGGCUCGUCCCCGCGCAUAUAGCAAACCAGACACCCAACACGCACAUACACACGCGCGUGAGUGCAUCGUGCAUAUACAUAGAGCAUAUAUACAGGCGCGCGCGCGUUCUGCCGUUACCACCGUCGUUGCUCCUACGCGGUGCUGCAUCGUCGCCGCAUCGCAGUCGUUCGCUCUGUGCGCACCGUUGAACAAAUCGUGUGUUGCGCUGUCGCCGUUGCGAGAGAGAAACAGAGACAGAGAGAGAGAGAGAAAACGACGGAGCAGCGUGCGAGAAAUAUUCGUGCCGCGAGAAUUCAGCGGAGUACACGCCGCAGUACACGCGAGUGCGAUCGUCGUGUAGGUGGCUUGCUGGUAACGCGAGGCGACGUGCGAUGCUGACAGUACGCGUGCUUACAUAAUUACCCGUGGCCGUCGGUGUGCAUUAAGCGGCGCGUGACGUGUGGCGCGCGCGACGCGAGCGAACGAACGAACGAACGAGUAGUGCGUCCCACGGCGACUGCGGCGAAUCGUCGUGCGCUCGCGCUGCUCGUCGAGCAUAGUCUCCUGCGUGCUCUUAUAUAUCUCUUGGUCUGGCAUCAUACAUAAAAAUAUGCACAUUUAUUUUCUAUUUAUUUUGAAACCGCUUAAAGAAAAGAUGAUGAAAGCAUUCGAAAGUGCAGGCUGGCCUACGAGCGUCGUAUUGCACGGGGAAGACGUAGUAAUGAAUUUGUUUAUAUUUUUUGUAUUUGCCGACCCCGUCGAUGGUUCCGUUGGAAUGUACCAGUUGGAGUGUACAGCAACAAUCGCAACAAGUUCAUCUACUGGUGGCAGACUCGUUGGUCGUGCAGCAACCUCAACAGCAGCAGAAUCGUCAUCGGAUUGCUGUCUCGAGUCAGGCGUCGUUAGCGUCGGGUGACUCACAACAGUGCGGAGACAAAAUGACCGAUCAGCGAGAGCAACAGCAGCAACAGCCGCAGCCUCAGCAGCAACAGCAACAAACGAAAGGCGGCAAUGAGGAACCGAGGACGAAUUUGAUUAUUAAUUAUCUUCCACAAAAUAUGAAUGAGAAGGAACUAUAUAGUCUGUUCGUGACUAUCGGCCCGGUCGAAUCCUGCCGAGUCAUGAAGGACUAUAAGACUGGUUACAGUUAUGGCUUUGGCUUUGUAAACUACACGAAAGCCGAGGAUGCUGCAACGGCGAUAAGCACACUGAACGGGCUGCAAGUGCAAAAUAAGCGUUUGAAGGUGUCGUUUGCGCGGCCCUCCGGAGAAGAGAUCAAGGAAACUAAUCUUUAUGUUACGAACUUACCAAGGAAUAUAACAGAAAGUCAGAUCGACGAGAUUUUCAGCAAAUAUGGCAAUAUUGUGCAGAAAAAUAUACUGAAGGAUAAGCUCACCGGCUUGCCGAGAGGAGUUGCAUUUGUACGUUUCGAUAAGAGAGAAGAAGCACAGGAGGCGAUCGCGCGACUUCACGGUACGAUACCAGAGGGUGGGUCAGAGCCACUUAGCGUAAAAAUUGCCGAGGAGCAUGGGAAACAAAAAGCGGCGUAUUACGCGGGGUGGCAAGCCGGGUACAAUCAAAGUCGCGGAGGGAGCGGACUCGGGGUUGGCGGGGGACGAGCCCGGGGCAUCACGGGGCCACCGGGGAUGGGCAUGGGCAUCGGCGGCGGCGGCGGCGGCGGUGGUGGUGGUGGCGGCGGCGGCGGCGGCGGCAGCGGUGGAGGCGGCGGUGGCGGUCCGGGAAUGCUGGGUCGUUCGGGCGGGUUCGGACCGCGCGGUGGUGGCGGACCCCACGGUGGCGGCGGCGGUGGCGGCUUUUUAAGUGGGGGCGGUGGCGGUCCCGGUGCGAUGAGAAUGGAGAAGAUGCAUCCGCAUCGAUUCAAUCCGAUUGGCAUGGGCGGUGGCAGUGGCGGCUACGUGCAGUCGCAUUUCUGGUGACCGCAACACGCUGAUGAGGAUGACGAUGGCGAUGAUGGCGAUGGCGACGACUGUUGUCUUCUCUCACUCGAGACAGGCCUUCGGGAAUUGCCGUUCGUAACGUAUAGCUGGGAGCUGAUUGGGGGUAGGUUGGGUGAAACCGAACUGGACGAUAGUAUGGACUGUGGGAAACAGUGUACGAUUUCGAAAGAUUGACACAUGUAAAUCGGUUUAAGUAACAAUUACUUAGAAUUAUAUAUGGAAUUUUAAUCGCGAUAUAUAUAUAUAUAUAUAUAUAUAUAUAUAUAUAUAUAUAUAUAUAUGGACUAAAGCCAUGUAUAUAUAUACUAAUCCAUAUAUAUAUAUAUAUAUGGAUUAAAGCGUAUCUAACGUAUGAACUGAAUCUAACGUAUGUAUGAUUUUACGUGUCGAUUUCGAAAGCAAAUACUGUUUUAUACAGUUGUACUGGACGACUUAAACCCGAACUGCGGACUGACGCAUAGGAGAAAGUCCAGGCCUUCAGUGUCAACAUCGAUAAAGAUUUUCUUAGCGAUGAAAGAAUAACGAAUGUUACAUUGCUUUUGAAAAGUUUUAUUGUUAUUGAAGACAUAUUACUUACUGUUUUAAAGGUUGAGCCGAAAGCGUCCUCUAAUCUCCGAUCUGUUGUUCUUUUAUCACUAAUGACAUUGACUAAGCCGGACUCCUUUUCUGCGCGCCACUCUGUACUUUCACGCUAGCUGAGGAGAACACGACGAAAUUAGGAAUAAAAAAUUCAAACUAGCUACGGUUUUUAAACCUUAAAGACCAUGUUCAUCUUCUUAAUACAUUUUUAUUUUUAACGGAAUAUCAUUAUAAACUAUUCACAAAGAUAAGCGGACAUUCGAUUUCAACUGCUUAUCUGAUCUUAUUUUAUUCUAUUCUAUUCGAGCGAUCGCAAAGCCCAAGUGAAAAAGAAGGAUAGUGAUUAUAGGAUCUCCUCUAACGAUUAUAUUCUCAUACUGCACAUUUAGAUUCGUAUACACACGAUUUUGUUAUAGAUUACACAUCGAGAGCGAGAGUCAUCAUUUUCAAAUAGAAUCUAAUUAAUUUUCGAUUACAGUUGAGUCCGAUUUUACAAUACCAAAAACUCAUUGUAUAGAGUAUUGUAGGUAGUUUACAACAAACAUGAUGCAUGCAUUAUCUUAACCGUUUGUUAUAAUAUCUGAAUAUAUAAUAUUUAUAUAUAGUCCUCCUUCCAGCUUCACGAUCGCUCGAACACACAGGAGAGCGUCGUUUCAAUUCGUCAAUGUUCCGCUUAUAUAAUUAUGUAAUAGGGAUAGCCAUUAUAAAAUAUAGCCCCCGGUGGGCACAGCCCUUAUGUCGUCAUUUUCAUUGGCGCUGGCUGGACCGGACAGCCCCAGGGGGCAGCGUUACGCAGAAGCUAAAAGUUUUACAUGUUGUUGCAAAUUUCAUUUUUUUAAAGGGUUCUAACAUGAGAGUACUAGGGAUUUAAUCGUAAGUCAAAGUUUUAACACAAAUCGAUAGUUUCGACGGGUAAACGUUUAAGCGUUUCCUACUCGAUAUGGCGUUGGAUGACAAAAUUUGAUUCGAAAACAUCCAGCAGUUCUAUGUUUAAAUAAUGAUGAUUGUUGACAAGGGAACUGUCACAACUGACCGGUGCCAAAUUGUUUCUCUUUGAAAUAUGCUGAUAGAUAUAAAAACAUAAGGAACUUGUAUUUUUUUAUUCAUGCGCAUAAAGUAGUUUUAAAGUAUGAGACAAUCUCUCAAAGCUAAUCCGGCAUAUUUGAUUCUAGAGUAAAUAUUGUUGAAAUUUUGGAAUAUAUAAGAAAGAUGUUCUAAAUAAGAAAAUUGUUUUAUUGUAAUUAAUGCACUUUAUAACUGUAGUGUUUAAAUUUUACAAUAAUUUAAUUUUCUCUCUUCAGAAUAUGCCUAUCCCUUACCAUUUUUACAAAACUUGAAAUUUUUGUUACAAGAAAAACAAAAUUUUUGCUUACAAAGAUUAAGCGCAUUCGGCGCUAAAUUCAUAUAUUCAUUUAUAUUUGAGUCAAUAUAUGAAAAAAAGAAUAAAUAUAUAUAUAUAUAUAUAUAUAUAUAUAUAUAUAUAUAUACACACACACACACACACACACACACACAGAAUAUGUCGAUUUUGCAAUUGUAAUCUAUAAAUGUAAUCUAUAAAUUAUGUUAAACAUUAUCGUUUAUUUAACUUUUGUUUAAUCUUUAUUUAACAAAAACGAAUUGACAAACAAUGAUAAAGUUACAUGAAUAUAUAUAUAUAUAUAUAUAUAUAUAUAUAUAUAUAUAUAUAUAUUUAUAUAAGAAAACAUAGUAUCUUACAAUAUCUUUAAGAUAUCUUACAAUAUAUUGAGAUAUUUAUAGACUAUUUUUUAAAAAUCGCAAAAAUAACGUAGGGGAAGAUAGAGGUAUUCUACUAAAAAUUAAACUAUUACAGUUGCAAAUAGCAUAAAUUAUCAUGAGAAACUCUUUUUCAUCCUUUAAAAAGAUUUUACAUAUAUCUUAUAUUUUUUGGCGAUAGAUAUUUAAAGUCAAAUAUGCUGGAUUAGCUUCGAAGAUUUCUUCACCUCUUGAAACUGCAUAUGUAUAGAUAUAAAAGAGUACAUGAAUCUAUUAAUUUUUUGUAUUUAAUAAUAUAUUUUAAGGAGAAACAAGUUGACGCUGGAUAGUUGGCACAAUUUCUUUUUUGAGAAUAUGCGAUAUAAAUAUGUCGAAAUCAACUCAUAAAUCGAUUUUACGCGCGCGUUGCGACAACAGGGUGAAUGUAAUUUAAUUUAAUAUUUGGGAGCAGUAUUAGCGGUAUCGCGUAUUCUUUCAUAGUCCAUAAGACAGUUCGGAACACGUUAUGCCCGCUGUAUUUUAAGUUCAAUUUACUGGCGUUUACAUAAUUCAUAAAUGUUGUUGCUAAACCGAGAGUGAGAAAAAUACCUUAUAAACAUCUUAAAAUAUUUAUGUAAAGUCGUAAAGAACUUGGAAUAAAUACCAUUAGCAACUGUC